AUGUCGAUGAGCAAGAAUGAGGGCAUAGAAGAGAGUGUGUACCACGUGCAGGUACGGCAUAUCAAGUCUUACCAGGAUCAGGCCGUACGACGGUACGAGACUACGAGCUCGGGUAGCGUCAGGGGUCAGGGUCAGGGGGUUGGGCGCGUGCGUAUACCAUCAUCGCGGCACUAG